UUUAGUUAAUUGGUUUAUAAAAAACAAUUACUUGCGCUCUGACUUCUCAAAUUUAUUGCGAAAUUUAACACGACAGCAUGAGAGUCAAAUCAAUUCUGGUGGUGCUGAUUACCGUUUCUGGAUUAUACGCCCAACAAAUAUAUCCAGAAUGUCGAACACAAGAAGAGUUUGCCACGAUGUGGCCAGAUUUCGAAGAUCCAACACGAUACUUUUUAUGUACGGGAUACGAACGAUUUGUCAGCCGAUCGUGUGCUCCAGGCACAUUAUUUAGCUUCUUCCAUCAAACUUGCGUACAUCCGUGGAUGUGGGAACCACCAGUUCGACCAACGACAACCACUACGCACGGACCAACACCAACGACUCCUACUCCUCCUACCGUGCCACCGACAACAUCGACAACUUCGACGACACAGCCUCCGACAACGACAACAGGCUCGACGACGUCUACAACUACAAGGCCCACUACAACGACAUCAUCAACAACAACAACAACAACUCAACCUCCAACACCUCCUACAUCAACAACAACUACUCAACCUCCAACACCUCCUACAUCAACAACAACAACUCAACCUCCAACACCUCCUACAUCAACAACAACAACUCAACGUCCAACCCCUCCUACACCAUCAACAACGACAACUCCAUGUCCUACACCUCCAACAACAACAACGCACUUACCCACGCCACCGACAACAACAACACAUUUGCCUACGCCUCCGACCACAACAACGCAUUUACCGACGCCUCCGACAACAACAACGGGUUUCCCUACUCCUCCUACAUCAACAACGAUUUUCCCGACGCCUCCAACAUCAACUACGAUUUUUCCUACACCUCCAACGUCAACCACACUGUUCCCUACACCUCCAACAUCAACCACACUGUUCCCUACACCUCCAACAUCAACCACGCUGUUCCCGACGCCUCCAACAUCAACCACACUUUUCCCUACGCCACCAACCUCAAGUACACUUAUCCCAUCGCCUCCGACACUAACUACAGAACCACCAACAGGUGGGCCUCCUACACCGAUAGUUCCCUCACCCACCACCGAAGCCAUCACACCUCCUACACCGCCUCCACCAACAACAGUUCCUACAACAUUACCACCAGUACAGCCACCAACGCCACCAACACCUCCUCCAAGAUCAGCCGAUCCACAAAAUGAUAUUGGUGCUAUUGAUGAAACCGACGGUACGAACAGAGAUGCGUCGACAUCGGUUGCCAAAUGGUCAGAGGAAAAUGUUGUUGCCCAUGUCAAUAUGGAGGUCAUUGGGCAUAUGAACAAAGAGACGGUUUCAAAUGAGUCAAUAGGAAACAUUGUUAUUUUAGACCACACUGAUUUUUGAAUUCAAAUCUUAUGCUGUAUACGAAUCUAAAAGCUUUGAGAAAACUGCACUGACAUUCUUCUUACAAUAAAUAAAGGUUGCAAUUGA